AUGAAGGAAGAAGAAAAUUCGUUCAACUAUUUUAACUUCCUAAAGACCGCACUUCAUCUGUCCAAAAAGUACAACCUAAAAUUUCAAAGAAGGUUGUAUGAAGACCUUUUAGACACCCACUGCUACCGACAGGGAGUAAACACUUUUGUUAUUCCUGAGGAGUCUUAUUUAAACUAUGGCGACUUGAACGGAUUAUAUGACUAUACAAAAAGGAAAUGCCAAGAUGAUAGCUGUGACAAUGUUGUAAAAUACGGAUACAUCUAUGCUUGCUAUAAAUUGAAGAAGGAAAAAAGGAAAGCCAUUCUGCUAAUGCUGCUGGAUGAGGAGUACAUAAAAUACAACUGCAAGGGUGAGGUGCACGAAAAGUACGAAAAAAAGAAUAUCAAAUUUUAUGAAAAUAACUUUUACGAUGUGAAAAAGCUUCCAGGACAUAGUGCUGGGUAUUACAUUAUGGGGAAAUUGUGCGAAAAGGAAGCUAAAAAUGAGUGGUUUAAUGAUGCGAAAAAGAAGAAAUUAAUAGAUAUAGCAUUUUAUUGUUAUUACUUGUGCUUUAAAUCAUGUCCCCUUUUCUUUUGCGCAUUUAAGAAGUUACUAAAGCUGCACGGAAACUUCUAUUCUAAUGUUAUGUUCACGGAAGAAGUAGAAAAGUUUUCGAAAGUGUAUAAUUUUGGAGUUCCCUUUUAUCAGUCGUGGGGGUUGUGCAGCGGGGUGGAAGAUGAGGAGGAGCAGCAGGAUGAGUACGGUGAAGAAGAUGAAGAGGAGUACGACGAGCAGGAUGAGGAAGGAUACAGCGAGGAGGAAGAAGAUGAGUACGGUGAGGAGGACAUGGGCGAGUGCGAGGGGGGGGAAGACAUAGAUGCGUAUGGCGAGGAGGACACAGACGAGUACGAUGUAGAGAAUGCAGAGCUGUACGACGUAGAGAAUGCAGAGCUGUACGACGUAGAGAAUGCAGACCUGCUCGGCGCAGAGAAUGCAGAAGUGCACAUCACAGAAAAUGCUGAUUCCCACUUCGAUGAGAAAAGAGUGUCCCAUAAAGAGAAAACUUCCCAUUCGGAUGACACCAUUUUGGAAGAGUUAGAAUUCGGAAAGGAUACAAACCGCAUAGAUGUGAAGAGUGCGGAAUUUAUUCUAUCAUUAAUAGGAGAAGAAGAAAUGAAGAAGUCUCUUUCAGAGUGGGAAAAGCCGUUCGAAGAGGAAAUAAAUGUGAUCACGGUCGACAAAGGAAGUGCGUACAUUUCAAACAAAGCAAUAGUAAAUUUAUCGACAGUAGGAAAAUUGUACUAUUACUUUUAUGUAAAUAAUUUUAGAAAAUGUUUAGCGUUAAUAGAGGAGUGGGAAGACAGACCAAUUUUUAAUAUAGACAAGAUAGAACACAUUUUGCUGAGUUAUGAGAAGAAAGAAGUGAAUGAAGAUUUUUUAUGUCUUAUAGGAAAUUAUUUUUCCCUAAAAAAUAACAAAAGCGUGGCAGCAUAUUUUUUCAGAAAGGCAAUGAGGCUAAAUAAGUUUUACGAAUAUGCCUAUAUUCUUUACUCUUGUGAAAUGAAAGUUUUGGGAAACAUGCGCAAGGCAGCUUUAGCAUUAUCGAAAUGUCUACAAAUAAAUGCGUGUAAUUUUAAAGUACACCUAUUACUAAGCGUUUUAUUAUUUCAGGAGAGAAACUACGAGUUAGCGAAUGUCCACUUGAGUUUAUGUCUUAAACUAAAUAGUAGUGAUGCACUUGUGUGUAUGUACUGUGCUUCAAUAUAUAAUCACCAGGAGAAGUACGAAACUGCCUUACUAUGUUUAGAACAUGCACAGAAAAAUGAUUAUGAAGGAAUUGAUUUGUUCAUUAUGCAGGGUGUCAUAUUUUUAAAAAUGAAACGAAAUGAAGAUGCUUUGAACAGCUUCUCGAAAGCUCAAAAAAUUAACCCCCUUUGCAGUUACGUUAAAGUGCUGAUUGCCUUUACCUUAGUGCUAGAAAAAAAAUUUGAAAAAUCGAAAGUAGCGAUAAAAGAGUUAAUUCUGCAGGAGGAAAAUGAUGUGAACAUAAAUUUCUUGAAAGAUAUUUACAAAUGUUGUAAUUUAAAAACAGUUCCAAACGAGGGGGCUCUAAAUAAGUUAGAGUUAUUUCUUAGGGAGGGCAGUUUUUUGGAAAGCUUUAGCAUGCUGGAUAACGCUAAUCAGCGGUGA